AUGGCUGGAAGAAAUGAUCACGCUAUUGCUGAAGCUUUGGAGUCAGUGCCUCAAGGGUUGCAGGGUCAGCAGAAUCAGGUUGGUGAUGAGUUCAGUGGUUUGGGGAAAUUUCAGAGGAAUGAUCUGCGAACGUUCAACGACAGGUAUGAUUUGGAGGGUGAUCAAGUGUGGCUUAGAGAGAUCGAGAAAAUUUUCUUAGUGAUGGCAUGCAUCGAGGAACAAAAAGGGUCUAAGUGCAUUAAGUUUGAAAAUGGAUUGCAACCUGAGAUUAAGAAAGACAAUGGAAAUAAGGAGAUUCGUAGGUUACCAACGCUGGUGAAUAAGUGUAGGAUUUAUAGUGAGGUUUGCAUGGCUAGUUCCGCUCACUACAAGAGUGUUAGUGAGAGGAAGGGAAAGAAUUGGUAUUGUGGGAAGCUGUAUAGUGCUCCAACUGACAAAGGGAAGCAUAAAUCUUCAUAUGAGGAAAAUAUAAGUAGGGGAGAGACUCUCGCUUAUGCUAAGUGCUUCAAGUAUGGCGGGGUGGGUCUCCAUGCUAAUAAGUGCAAGAAUAAUGUUCUGAGGUGCUUCAAAUAUGGAAAGACGGAUCACCGUAUUGAAGAUUGCAAGAGUGUUAAGCCGACUUAUUACAACUGUGGCAAAUAG